AUGAAACUGAGUGAGGGUCUUAGAGAUGAGGUUAUCACAGAAAACAUGUUCCAUCAAGAGGAUGGUGAAGUUGUUGAUGAGAUGAAUUUGAUGGUUGUAUACGGGCCUAAGAAUCCCCCAAAAUAUUGCAGGAGCAGAGAAGACACCAACAUGCCAGCUGAGGAAGUCCCGGAGGCGGAAAAGAGAAAGAGUGUCGAGUCUGCUUCUGGAAAGGACAAAUCUGGUAGCAGCAAAAAAGCAGGUGUGGAGAGACCUUAUUAUGAAUUAGAGAAGAAGCUACAGGAUUCAGAUGGAACACCAAUGUCUUUUCCACUAGGCCUUUUGAACGCCAUCACAUGUAAUUUUUCUACUGAGUCAAUCCUUGGUGAAGGUGGGUUUGGAGCAGUAUACAAGGGAGUUCUUUCAAGUGGGAAAAUUAUUGCUGUAAAGAAGCUUUUUGAAAUACAUCUAAAAGAGAAUGCAUUCCAGAAUGAAGUAUGUUAUCUUAUGGGGAUUAAGCACCCAAAUGUAGUACAGUUACUAGGUCACUGUGCAGAAUCAAAUUGGGAAACGAUGGAGUUCCCAAGUGGUAGUGGGAACUAUAUCCUCGCUGAAAGACAGAAAAGGUUGAUCUGCUUCGAGUAUGUAUGCAACAAAAGCCUCGACAAACAUAUUUCUGAUGAAUCUUCGGGCCUUGAGUGGAAUACGAGAUACGAGAUAAUCAAGGGGAUUUGCAACGGGCUGCAUUUCCUUCAUGAAGAAUGUUGUAUGGUUCAUCUGGAUCUUAAGCCAGAAAAUAUAUUGAUGGACUCUACUAUGAUGCCGAAAAUAGCCGAUUUUGGUUUGUCAAGGAUCUUUGGCGAGCAGCAAUCACGAAUUAUCACUAAUAAUAAAGAGGGAACACUUGGAUAUAUGGCGCCGGAGUACUUAGUCCGAGGUAUAGUAUCGAACAAGGCAGAUAUCUUCAGUCUGGGGGUCAUAGUCAUAGAGAUAAUCACAGGUGGUAGGAACUACCCAUGGGACUAUUCAUAUUUCCAGCAAGAUAGUCCCCACCAUACUGAUCCAUCUUUCCAGCAGUUCAUGGAGAAAGUGCUUGGAAGUUGGAAGAACAAAUUUUCAACCACACCAAACUAUAAACCAGUGGAAAAAUACACCCAACAAGUAAAACAAUGUGUCACCAUAGCCCUAAAAUGUGUGGACCCUAGUAUGGAGAAAAGACCUAAUGCAAAGGAUAUAAUUGAGGAGCUUAAGGCACUAGACCAGGUUGAUUGGUGCCUCUCCGAUGUGAGAAGAUACCCAAAUUUCGUCAGAUGUAUGCCCAACUUUGUUCUGAAUUCCAUGACAACCUUUCGUCAUUCCCUCCCGAAGAACCAGCGGGUGGUGAAGAGAUCAACGUUCAGUAAAAGCGUGUGCUGUCAAACAAAUGUCAUCAAGCUUUUGAAGGUGCCAACUGGCCCUGACCAGGAGACUGAGAGAAGUGAGAAAGGAAGAAUUUUCAAACCAGGAAAUAUUCUUCUAACUGGUGAGCUACUCGAGCAAGAGAUGGUACCUGAGAAGACUAGGGCUGAGGCUUGA